UCUGUCCAUUAUCUAUUUUCAUUAAAAAUGAGGCAGAUAUGUUUAAGUUUUUUGUAUCCAUCAUCAUGAGGGAUGAGGGAUAAGACAGUGACAGGAUGCAUUUUUUAGUCUCUUAUGUAUACAUCAUCCUCAGGCACUCUACAUACCUUGUCUAUAGCCGAAUGACCUGAAUGGGAGUUGAUAAGAAAAACUUUUUAUGUCAACGCCCAUGUUUUUCUAUCCUAUCCUUUAAAAAGUCUUUUGUUUUCAAUAGAGUCCCUCCUCCUUUUGCUUCCUCCUCUCUUCUUCUACGUUUCUCCUCUUUUGUUCCGUGUAUUUUACAACUGACAAUCACUUGCUACUUUUAUACUCGACUCGUUUCUCCGCUACACCACAUCAUUGACACAACAUGAGAGAGAGGACAGUGUUGGAAAAGAUGGAUACAGAACACGAUUGUCCUGAUGAGGGCCAUGCUGAAAAAGAAGACGCUGCCACUGUUCCUCCUCCUCUUACGCACCUAUCCACCACAACAACGGCGUUGGAGGAAGAGGAAGGAGGCCAUGAUACCCACCCUAGAGCGUAUACUUUGGAGGACACGGAUUUGAAUGAAAAGUAUGUCAGCUCAAGUAGCGUCCUCAGCGACGAUUCAAGAGAACAGAGAGAGGCAGAAGGCAAACAAAUCACAAGAAUUAUAGAUAUUCGGUUGAUGCCCUUAUUUUGUGUGUUUUAUUUCAUGGAUCAUCUCGACAGGGCCAAUAUCGGUAAUGUCAGUCUUGCGGGAAUACAGACGGAUCUCAAUUUGACAGCAAAACAAUUGAGUGCAGCUAUCUCGGCAUUUUAUAUUACUUAUAUCAUUUUUGAAGUGCCAUCCAACAUUAUAUUGAAGCGUACAAGUGCCGUGAUGUGGCUCUCGGUCAUCAUGCUGAUAUGGGGCGUGAUGACACUCGCCAUGGCUUUUGUGAGGGAUUUCCAAAGCUUGUUUGCUUGUCGUCUUUUACUUGGGGCUGCAGAAAGCGGGUAUAUUCCAGGUAUACUGUAUUUGAUGUCUAAAUUCUACCGACCUCGUGAGUUUGGCUUACGUAUCGCGCUUUUCCUGUGCAUGUCGUCGGUCUCGGGGCUUGUGUCAGGGCCGAUUGCGUAUGGCACAGCGUACCUCGAAGGGCAAAAGGGGCUCCACGGCUGGCAGUACCUGUUUAUUCUCGAAGGCGUGCCGACGAUUGUCCUGAGCGUGGUCUCGUAUUUUUUUCUGUUUGACGAUGUGAGUCAGGUGUCUUGGCUCACAGCGCAUCAGAAGGCGGUGCACAAGGCGCUGACGCAUGCCACGGAAGUCGAGGCGCCGAUCACGGUGCAUAGCUUCCUCCGCGCCGUGAGCGACUGGAAGUGCGGCCUGUUCUCGAGCGUGUACUUUUUGAGUGCUGUCAACACCGUGAGCUUCCAGGUGUUCACGCCCACCAUCAUUGACGGCUUUGGGUUUUCGGUGCUGACGUCUCAAUUGCUCUCGGCGCCACCGCAUUUCAUGCAGCUGGUCGCGGUCAUCACCGGUGGCUAUAUAGCGGAUAGGUAUGCGAAUAAAAGAGGCGUCUUGAUCAUGGCAGGGUUUGGCACAGGCGCGCUAGGUUACUUGUUACUGAUUGUACUCAAAGACAUUUGGGCACGCUAUGUUGCCUUGUUUAUCAUUUCUGGAGGCAUGGGUUUACAAAUGGCGGCGAAUGUGGGUUGGGCACCUAUCAAUUUUCCAGAGCUUGAAAUACGGGCGAUUGCCGUUGCCUUUGUUGUCAUGAUGGGUAGUACGGGAGGUAUUGUCGCCUCUUAUUUAUACCCUGGAACGGAUAAACCUCAGUUUUGUAAGUCAAUGCAUGCCCAAUGGAGGUGAAGAGCAGGUAGACUGAAAAAAAAUUUGAUUGUGUAGACUUUGGAAAUACAUUCAAUGUGUGUACCGCAGUGGCAGGAGCUUUGUGUUCUGCAUUGACAAGCUAUCUCUUGCGCAGACAAAAUAAAAAGAUGGACAUGUUGGAAAAAGAGUACAAGGCAGAAACAUGGGUAGGCGACAUCCACUUGGAACAACAACAGCAGCAGCAGCAGCAUCAACAACGGC